GAUGGUUCCAUCCAACUCCAAGGACUAAAAGACAUGGCCCCAUCUUGCACACGUACUAGUACUACACAUACACACUUUUUCCUUUCCUCAAAAAUCCCUUUGAUUUUGGUGAGGAAUAAACAGCACCAACCCUUCGAGCAAGAUAGAAAGAAAAAAAAAAUGUCUCUUCCAAGACCAAGUGAGGAUAAAGCCCCCUCUCAGCUGAAAGAAGGAGUAGCAGCAGCAGCCUCAUCCUCUUCUUCAUGGAACAGGCUACACACUUUCCCUCCUUUAACUCUACAGAACAAGAGUAGCAAAAUUGAAGACAGUGAUGAGGAUAUGUUCACAGUUCCAGAUGUGGAAGCCACACCAACUAGUGUUCAUUCUGCAGUGACUCUUCCAAAUAGUAACCUCAACCAACAUAAUAAUGUCACAGAUCCUCAAUUUCAAACGGGCUUUGCUGGAAAGCGCCGCAGGGGAAGAAACCCUGCAGAUAAGGAGCAUAGACGCCUCAAGAGGUUGUUGCGAAACAGAGUCUCUGCUCAACAAGCCCGCGAAAGAAAGAAGGUUUAUGUGAAUGACUUGGAAUCAAGAGCCAAAGAGUUGCAAGAUAAAAACGCUAUUUUAGAAGAGCGUAUCUCAACUUUGAUCAAUGAAAACACCAUGCUGCGGAAGGUUCUUAUGAACGCAAGACCAAAAGUUGAUGAUAGCAAUGAACAAAAGCAGGACCAGUUAAGUAAGAGCUAACGAGAAAAGCUAGAGGGUGUGUGAAAGCAAGGUCUUCAAAGGGUGCAUUUAUGAUUUAUUCUAGACACUAGAAAUGUAAAUUUAUAUAUAUAAGACCAGCUUCUUUCUUUACUCAUUGUUAUACUUUCUUCAAGACCAUAAGUUUGGGGUCAGAUAUUAAAGGAUCUUAUUGUGUCA